AUUGGAUCUUCUCAAAUUGUCAACAUCAGAAAGAUUAAUAUAAGUGGGCAAAUCCAAAUCAGAAUACAAUAUCAAGCUCCUCAAUUUCACACAUUAAAAGUUAAUCUGUUCACAUCUUUAUAUUUUUCCUAUAAAUAAAUAACCCAAAAUCACUUUAUCAAUCAAGUAUCAAUCCACAAUCAUUUUGAUUUCCACAAAGAAAAAAGUUUCAAUUUUAUAAGAAAAAAAAUGGCUUCAAAUUCAGCCACUUCACUGUUCUUGAUUUUUUUCAUUAUUACACAGUGUUUAUCAGUCCUCAAUGCUGCUAAAGAUUUUGACUUUUUCUACUUUGUUCAACAGUGGCCAGGAUCAUACUGUGACACUAAACAGAGUUGUUGCUACCCUACAACUGGAAAACCAGCAGCAGAUUUUGGAAUCCAUGGACUUUGGCCUAAUUACAAUGAUGGCAGUUACCCAUCAAACUGUGAUACAAACAAUCCUUAUGAUCAAUCUCAGAUAUCUGACCUAAUAAGCAGAAUGGAACAAACUUGGCCAACACUAGCAUGCCCAAGUGGUAGUGGCUCAACAUUUUGGUCACAUGAAUGGGAAAAACAUGGCACUUGUGCUGAAUCUGUUUUCACAAACCAACAUGCCUACUUCAAAAAGGCACUUGAUCUCAAGAAUCAAAUUGAUCUUUUGUCAAUUCUUGAGGGUGCUGGAAUUCACCCCGAUGGCGGUUCCUAUGACUUGGUCGACAUUAGAAAUGCAGUUAAAAGCGCGAUUGGAUACACUCCUUGGAUCCAAUGUAAUGUAGAUGAGUCCGGUAAUAGCCAGUUAUACCAGGUUUAUUUCUGUAUCGAUGCCUCGGGUUCACUCAUCGAGUGUCCUAUUUUCCCUAGAGGGAAAUGUGGCUCAAGCAUUGAGUUCCCAACAUUCUAAGUUAAUUGUUCAUUAGCCUCAUUUCAUAUGGUUCAAUUUGUUGUUUUUCGUUUGUACUAUUUCUUGUUUACUACUGUUAUACAAGUUUUAAUCGUUGGAAAAAUAUAUGUUUUCUUUGGAGCAAUAACAUAUUAUUGAAUUUUAAAUA